AUGGUCUACUACGGUAUACAAUCAAACCCUAGCAGCCAACAACACACAACCCUAGCCGUCAACGCAGCAACCUUCAAACCCAAGCGGCCAAGAUCUGCAGCCGUCGCUCUCGUCGUCACCUACCAACAGUUGGAAAACCCAGAUCACAUCUCCUCCAUAACCAUAUCUCCGCCGCCACAACCACCACAACCCCUCGCCGCCAUCUCGACCACCACAGCCCACCGCCUUGACCACCACAGCCCGCUGCCGCCGCCUCAACCACCACAGCCCCCCGCCGUCGCCUCGACCACCACAAUCGCUCGCCGCCAUCUUGACCACCACAGCCCGCCGCGAUCUCGACCACCACAGUCCGCCGCCUUGACCACCACAACUCGCCGCCCCAGUCAACCACAACUUCUAUACUUCUGCUCUUUAGAUCCUCUGAUCUCUUAUCUUUAA